AUGAUGUCUACACCAUUGUCGACGCGACCACUUCCGACCUCCCCACAGGUCACCGCCUCAGUCGUCAAAUUCCGCUGUCUGUACACCCACGACCUACGCCGCAAGUCUAAACGAUGGCACGAUGGUAACUUACGAUACCAUAAGUUCAACAAGCGUGUGAUGGUCUAUGAUGAUCAAGGCAAUUUUAUCGGUGACCACCACUGGCGGUCUCUCGACGAGGUCCAAGAUGGCGAUGAAAUGCAGCUGGACAAAGGUGUCUUGAUUGAGGUGGGCGAGAACAUGGGAACGACAGAAACCGAUAUCACCAACUUGUAUGAAAAGAAGAGAUCCAGCCAGGGCUCGCCACGAAACAAAGAUCCCAUGUCUCAAGUUCCUCGCGCCUCCACUGCUGCCUCCCCUACUGUCCCCGCUACUGUCCCCGCGCCAAUUCGUUGCUCCUCGGCUUCAUCCCAGCCCUUCCGCUCCCUCAACGAUUUACUGGGCAUAAAAAAGACCCCUGUCAGACAAUUUGCUUCUCCGUAUGAGCAAAGAAACCCUCCCCCGCCAGUUGCAAGGCCGGAGCCUGAACGAGCGCCAAAGCGACUAAAAACAUCGUUGGUGCAUCCAACGGGAGAGAGAAGCCCACGUCCCCAGAGCCAAGUCAUUGAUUUGACCGAGCCAACCGCUGGAGUCCAGUCACAACAGGUAUCAACCCCUUUGGCAAGGCAAGCAACCAGAAUCGGUGGCAAUUCAACUGUCCGACCUCCGACAAACCAUCAACAAAGACCAGCCCUGUCAAAACUAACACAGCUGCAAAGAUCUGGUCCUCCUUCUUUCUCGAGGAUCUCGAUUCCAGCUUCAUCUCCACCGAGCUCCAGUCUACCUACCCCAGAAAAUAUAAUCCGACCAGCGACCAAAACCGCCCCACCUACAAAGCCCUCAACCGAUAGACCCAAAGAUGUGCCAUCUGUGCAGCCUCGAAGACCGAUAACCUCUUCGUCAAACCCCAUCCUUGUGGAGCCAACGGUAGUAGAGUUGCCCAGGCCUCGGGAGAAACUGCGUGCAGAUGAACAACCGACCGUUGGUGAAAAUCGGCCGACUAAAGUACAGCCAUUCCAUCAGCCUCAGCCACAAAGGCUUGUACCGCCGGCUACAAGAAGUCAUCUCCUAACUACAUCAAACUCUUCCAUCACUCAGCCACCAGCAGAGAAACCGGCAGCCGCACAAGCUUCCCGGCCUCGGGGAAGUUUGCGCAUGAAGGAAGCACCCAUCAACCUCCAGAAGCAGAGACAAGAUGUGCCGCCUGCUCCUACGUCGGUCCCGCCGAUCGAACCGCAAAGGAAUAUAUCUCCAGUAUCAAAAAGCGAUCUCUUGACUACCCCAAAUUCCUCCACCGCUCGACCUGUUGCUGAGCCUGCAGUCUCCAACAAUGUACAGCCUGCGAAGACUGCAGAUAAGCAAGCACCCAACAGCAUGCCACCUCCCUCUUGCCCAUCAACAACAAAGCCAUCCGAACCUCCCACGGCGGCUCUCCGAAUGAGUAUUGGUAAACCACGCAGAAAACUCAUGUACAGUGCAUUAUUACCUAGUGCGUCACGGACACCGUCAUCAACGACGUCAAACACGCCACUGGGUAGCGCGAAUCCUGGAUAUGCCACAAACACCCUAGAACCAGAGACAGCCUCUGAUCCGGCGAUGGCAUCUGAGCCCACCGGCAGCGAGGAGUUCAUGCCUUCCACCUCAACACAAUUCAUGUUCGACGAAAUGCUAGAUGGUUCAAGAUUCCAACCAUCAGCUAUCAGAGCGCUGAACGGGAGACGACCUGUUGAUUCGCCGUUGCGAAAAUCGGUCUCUGACCCCACUGCCUUGGUUGGUACUGGUAUCCAGAAACGAGCAAGAAAUUCCGUCAACACGGUCGCCAUUGCAACCGAAACCGUCGAGCAAGGUGCCUGGACAUCUGAGGCAUUGGAUCUGUUUGACUUCUGGCCUGCCGGACGACCGAAACCGAAUGAAUGA